AUGAAUUCUGCACUUUUUUGCUGUCUACUUAUUUUCAUUUUUGGAUUUGCGAACACAGGUAAUUAUGAAAUAAAAUAAAACUGAAUUACAAUAUUUUUUCCAGAUUUGGUAAUUCCAUUAUUAGGUGGAAAUAUUGUUAUUCGCAACAAUUCUGAUGGUAGUUUGACAUUUUCAACCGAUCAAAACUUGAAUUUGAAUGGAAAUGGAGUUGGAAGAAAUACAACAUUUACUGUGAAUGGGAAAAAUGGAGAUGUUUCAAUAAAUGGUUUGUUUUUUGUUAUUUUUGAAUUGUUACAGUAACCUAUCUUUCAAUAUUUUCAGAUACUGUUGCUGUAAUGGUUAAUGGAACAUCUCAUGGAAUAAAUACAAGCUUGGAUACCUCGAAAAAAUCAGUGAGUUUAUUUCAAUAUUAAUGUUAAAUACGAAAAUUCUAAAUUUAUUAGCCACAAUCAAUUCUCGAUUCAAUUUUUGGAGCAUUCAAAAAAAUAUAG